AUGGCUUCCCAACAGACCUUUGACUACGUUAUUGUGGGCGGUGGCACCUCCGGACUGGUCGUCGCUAACCGUCUGUCCGAGAACCCUGAGACUAGCAUAGUCAUUCUCGAGGCCGGGGCCGACAUGAGUGACGACCCCCGUGUCAAUAUCCCCGCCUUGUGGACGACUCUUAUGUCGUCCGAUGCCGUCUGGCACUACCAGUCCACCCCCCAGCCUGGUAUGGGGGGGCGGUCAAUCAGAGAGCCCCAGGGAAAAGUUCUUGGUGGCUCAACGGCCGUCAACGGCCAGACGUAUGUCGCUCCUAGUGCUGCUGAUUUCGAUUCUUGGGCCUCCCUCGGCAACCCUGGCUGGGGCUGGGACUCAAUGGGUCACUACGUUAGAAAGCCCUUCAGUCUCCAGCUUCCAGUCGAUCAAGAGACAUCGGAUCACCUAGGCUUAGAGUGGCUCAAGAAAGAUCUCCACGGCUCCAACGGUCCUCUGAAGAUUUCUUUCCCUGGUUCCAAAGAGAAUCCUCUCAUCAAGGCUUGGGUUGAUGCUUUCCGCGGCAUGAACAAGACCAUUUCCGAUGAUCCCUUCUCUGGCGUCGCUGUGGGUGGCUACAGCAAUGGCGCGACUGUCGACCAGGACACCAAGACUCGGAGCUACGCAGCCUCAGCUUACGGUGCUCCUCUAAAGGCGAGGCCCAAUGUCCGGGUGAUUACCGGAAUUCUGGCCCAAAAGAUUCUGUUUGACAAGUCAGAUGCCGGUCUCAAUGCCACAGGGGUCGAAGCUGUCUUAGACGGUCAGGUUCAGACCUUCCACGCUUCCAAGGAGGUGAUUCUCGCUGCUGGUGUAUUCAACACACCUAAACUAUUGGAGAUCUCAGGCAUUGGCCAGAGUGAGAUUCUCAAACAACACAACAUCAAGCAGCUCCUGGAAAUUCCAGGGGUCGGUGAGAACCUCCAGGAUCACCUCAUGACCGGCGUUAGCUACGAGGUUAACGAAGGUAUUGUCACUGGUGAUCCCUUGAUGCGGCAAGAACCCUCUGCUCUCGAGGCCGCCCAGAAGCUAUAUGCAGAACAGAAAGGACCUCUAUGUUUCGGUGGCACCCAGUCGAACGCUCUGAUGCCCAUUGAUUACGACUUAGCCGAGAUUCUUGAUAAUACACCCGUCAAGUCGGAAGACAAGGAGUUCAUUGAAACAGUCAGGGCCAUCCACGAGAGGCCCAAUGAGGCCACGGCCACCUGGUUUAUGUUCUUGGCUCAGGCGAACCUCCACGAGGGCGCCAAGAGCUUCGUUGGAGACACCCUUCUUCCCCAGAAUUUUGCUAGUCUCGGCUGCUUCCUCUCGCAUCCCUUCUCGCGAGGCAACUCACACAUCACCUCCACCGACGCCGCUGCCAUGCCAAAGAUUGAUCCCAAGUUCUUCUCACACCCUGCCGACCUCGAAGUCUUUGCCCGCCACCUCAUGGCAAUUGAAGAGCUGCGUCAUACAAAGGAGCUCUCUGCAUAUCUGAAGCCGGACGGCAAGCGCAAUCACCCAGACUCUCAUCACAUCGGCACACUGGAGGGUGCCAAACGCUACAUUCUAGACACCGCCACAACCACUUACCACUCCUGCGGUACGGCCGUGAUGUUGCCCAAGGAGAAGGGCGGCGUGGUUGACACGAAGCUCAAGGUUUAUGGCACAACGAACCUACGUAUCGUUGAUGCGAGUAUUUUCCCUACUGUUCCCCGGGGAAACAACAUGUCGGCUGUCUAUGCUGUUGCUGAAAAGGCGGCAGAUAUCAUCAAGGGACAGUAG